GAAUUAAACAUCAUUUAACUAACAAUGAAAUUUUUGUAUUUGCAACUAAUUGCUUUGGCUUUGUGUGCAGCAAUUGCAGCGGAUGACUUAGUUCAACCACUCAUCUGCUUGGGGGAAUUAGGUCUACGUAUUAUUAAUGGCAGUCCUGCUCAACCAAAACAGAUUCCCUAUCAAGUUGGCUUGAUUUUGGAUACUAGCGAAGGAGACAAUUUUUGUGGAGGCGCGUUGAUUUCCAAUUAUUAUGUGCUAACUGCUGCUCGUUGUGUCAAGUACGUCAAUCAAGUUAUUGUUAUUCUGGGAGCCAAUGAUAUAACUAAUUCAAAUGAAGUGGGCCAAAUAAGGAUUACAGUCCUUGCAUCUGACAUUACUGUGCACGAGUAUUAUAAUGAAGUAACGCAUGAAAAUGAUAUUGCCCUUAUUCAAUUGCCAGAACCAGUUGUCUACAAUGAUUAUAUAAAGAAUAUUCAAUUGCCGAAACUUCUUGGACCAUAUUACAGUUAUGCCGCAGAUAUAGCCAGAAUUUCCGGUUGGGGCAAAACAAGUAUCUUGUCUCCUGGUCUUACGAAUAUACUUCGUUAUGCGGAUGUCUGUGUCCAGCCAAACUUCAUUUGUGAAAUAGAAUAUUUAGGUGCAAUUACCGCGUCUAAUAUAUGUACUCAUAGCUUACUGUUAAAGGCCACAUGCGAUGGAGAUACCGGUGGUCCAUUGGCAUAUUUUGCUGGCGAUCAUUACGAGUUAAUUGGUAUUGCAUCAUUUGAUUUUAUACUUGGCUGUGAAUUGGGCUGGUCAUCUGGUUUUACCCGUGUAACAUCAUUUGUAGAAUGGAUAUAUAUAAACACGGGAAUUGCUUAUUUUUAAAGGACAUUCUUUAUAAAUGUCGCAUCCUUUAUUAAUUUCAUAUCCAAUGAUAAUAUUUUAUUAUUCAUAUUUUCAGGUUUACUACAGAAUAAAUUUUUAACUUGGUAUACAUAUUUCGAUUA